CUGGUGGAAAGAUCAUCAACCCAGACAGAGCUGAAGUGUCACAGCAGCUGUAAAGCAGCUGAUCCUCCUUCAUAUGUCUGGUACAAGAACGGACUGAAAAUGAAGGAGGAAACAUUUUCCCUUAGAGUCUCUGUUAAUGAUGACAACAGCUAUUCCUGUGCUCUUAAAGGACAUGAGGAUCACCGCUCCCCUCCAGUGUAUGCUCCAAAGCUUCUCUCUGUGUCAGUGAGUCCCUCUGGUGAGAUAGUGGAGGGCAGUUCAGUGAAUCUGACCUGUAGCUGUGAUGCUAACCCAGCAGCUAAUUACACCUGGUACAAGGAGAAUGACCAUAAACUUCACAGUCAACAACCACAGCUCUUCUUCUUCAGCUCCAUCCAGCCCUCUGAGUCUGGAGAGUAUUACUGUACAGCUGAGAAUGAGAUGGGGAGGAGGACAUCAGCACACGUCUUUAUUGAUGUAAAAUAUGCUCCAAAGCUUCUCUCUGUGUCAGUGAGUCCCUCUGGUGAGAUAGUGGAGGGCAGUUCAGUGACUCUGACCUGUAGCAGUGAUGCUAACCCAGCAGCUAAUUACACCUGGUACAAGGAGAAUGAAGACUCACCAAAAGCUUCAGGACAGAUCUUCACCAUCACUGACCUCAGACCUGAACACAGUGGGAAUUAUUACUGUGAAGCCCAGAACACAAGAGGACGUCGUAACUCCACCUUAAAUCUGACUGUUGUGGGGGGAGCAUGGAAGUUAAGAACUGUUGCUAUAUUCUCUGCCAUUGUCCUGGCUGUCAUACUCGUCUGUGUCUUCCUCUGGAUCAUAAAAAAGAGGGUCUUCGAGCAGGGGUCUGAGCCUGAAGCGAGACCAGACGACAGGCAGCAGGUGGAACCAGCAGAGCAGCAGGGUAACCUUCACUAUGCCAGCGUCCACUUUUCCAAAGACGACCCUGUCUACUCCAACAUCACACCGGCUCAGCCCAGAGGACAGAAGGAGGAAAAGAAGGAAGAAGAAGAAACGGUGGAGUACACUACUGUCUCAUUUAAAGGCGCCAGCACGGCCCAGAGAGCCAGAGGUCAGGAAGCUCCAGAGGACCCAGCUGCGUUGUACAGCACAGUCAACAAACCCCGCAAAAAACAUUAAACCUCUACCCUAUUUUC